GACCUCUGCAGGGCGCAUUCAGAACUUACCAGGUUAAGUUUUCAAGGCCUCGCACCUGCCCGCUGCAGUAGGGGCUCAGCAGCUUAGUAGAUUCGCUGCGCUCAAGCAAACGGCGUGAAGCUGUGCACUCAUUGCCGCAUGCGCUCGGAGAAAAUCGGCGCUCCGAUUGAGCCGAGAACAGGUGUCAUGACCAGUCCUGGAGCCAUGGACUCCAAUGGACUGCACACUACCAGAGAAGUUGACGAUAGCGGAGUUGAGAUUGAGUCUCAGACGGCCCCGACAGUGUCCCGGUCGAUCGGGGGCGUAGAGGCUCAUGGAGGGUCGCGAGACUGGGGCUCUGCUCAGAACGCUUUUGUGCCAAUGAGCAGCAGGAUGGGCAGAGAGCAAUCGGAGCAAGAUCUGAUGCGCGCACAAUUGGAGCAGCAGCCAACCGGCAUCCGGCUGCGCAAGGCCGUGCUCGAGGAGUAUGACGACACGAGGGAGGCCCUCACCCUGGAUGACGUCACAGGGCGGUUUCGCACUGUCGACGUUGAAGAAAUUGCCAAAAAUCGGGACCUCCGAAGGUUGGCUGUCGAGCGCGCCGGCUACAUGUGGCUCAAAAACUUCAGGGACCGUUUCGACAGGGUCGGCAUCCCCCAGCCGACAGUGGAGGUCCGCUUCAGGAACCUGUCUGUGGAAGGCACAGUGCUUAUGGGCUCAUCUGCGCUCCCCACAAUCCCCAACGCCGUUAUAGGCUAUGUCGACGGCCUGCUGAGCGCGCUGGGUUUGCACUUGACCAAGAAGCAGCCGUUCCCCGUGUUGAAAGACGUCAGCGGCGUCAUCCGGCCAGGGCGCAUGACGCUGCUGCUGGGACCCCCCGGUUGCGGCAAAACUACGCUCCUCACUGCGCUUUCUGGGCGGCUUAAAGGGAACGUCAAAACGUCUGGGUCUAUCACGUACAACGGGCACACUUUCGCGGAGUUCGUCCCGCAGCGCACGGCGAGCUACAUCAGCCAGACGGACACGCACAUCGGCGAGCUGACCGUCCGGGAAACGUUCGACUUCUCCGCGCGCGUCCAGGGCGUGGGCGCCCGCGAAGAGCUUUUGCGCGAGUUGUUGCGGCGCGAGAAGGAGCAGCGCAUUCUGCCGGACCCCGCGAUCGACGCGUUCGUGAAGGCGAGCGCGCUGGGCGGGACGCCGAACCACAUCAUGACCGACUACAUUCUGAAGCUCCUGGGUUUGGACAUGUGCGCGGAUACCGUGGUCGGUAACGAGAUGCUGCGGGGCAUCUCGGGGGGGCAGAAGAAGCGGGUUACCACGGGCGAGAUGCUGGUGGGCCCGAUGAACGUGCACUUCAUGGACGAGAUUUCGACGGGCCUCGACAGUAGCACGACGUUCGAGAUCGUGCAGAGCCUGCAGCGCUACUGCCACAUCCUGGAGACCACCGUCUGCAUCGCACUGCUGCAACCUGCGCCCGAGGUCUUCGAGCUCUUUGAUGACAUCUGCCUGCUCUCCGAGGGCCACGUGGUCUACUUCGGCCCACGUGAGCGCGUCCUCGAGUUCUUCGAGCUGUGCGGCUUCAAGAUCCCGGGCAGGAAGGGCGUCGCGGACUUCCUGCAAGAAGUGACCUCCAAGAAAGACCAGCCGCAAUACUGGUGCCGCUCCGAGCCGUACCGCCACGUGUCCGUCCAAGACUUUGUCGCGGCGUUUGCCGAGUUCGAAGUCGGGCGUCUCACGGCGCAGACUUUGGCGUCGCCCUUUCCGAAAGAGAAGAGCAACCCGCAUGCGUUGACCACGCAGCGAUACGGGCUUAAGGGCUAUGAGUUGUAUAAGGCGCUGUGGCACCGGGAGAUCAUUCUGGUGCGGCGCAACUCGUUUCUGUGGGUCUUCCGGGCGACCAUGUGUGCUAUCGUGGCCAUCAUCUCGGCGACGACAUUCCUGCGGACGACCCUGAGCCCGGACAACAUUGCGGACGGCGGGCUGUACCUGGGCGUCCUCUUCUUCAGCCUCGUCUUCCUCAUGUUCUCCGGCUUCACCAACGUUACGCUCACGGUGCAACGCCUGCCCGUCUUCUGCAAGCAGCGCGACAACCUGUUCUACCCCGGUUGGGCCUACACCUUCCCCACCGCCUUCCUGGAACUCCCAUACUGCAUCAUCGAGACCGUCGUGUGGACGUCCAUCGUCUACUACGUUGUGGGAAUGGCCCCUGAGGCGCAGCACUUCUUCAUUUUCAUCCUCGUCCUAGUUGCCACGCAAGUGAUGGCGGUGGGGCUGUUCCGCCUGGUGGGCGCGUUGGGGCGGACGCUCGUCACCGCGAACACCGGCGGAACGUUCUGCUUCCUGGUGCUGCUCGUUUGCGGGGGAUUCAUCCUGGCCAAACAGGACAUCCACCCGUGGUGGGUGUGGGCCUACUGGAUCUCUCCGCUGACCUACGCCCAGAACGCGCUCGCCGUCAACGAGUUCAAGGCGCACCGCUGGAAUGUCCCCAACACUUCAAAUAGUACCGGCGCUACUUUGGGUGACGCCGUGCUUUUGCAGCGGGGCCUUCACACCGAUGUGAACUGGGUCUGGAUCGGCGUCGGGACCCUGCUCGGGUUUGCGGUGAUCUUCAACGGACUGCUGGUGCUGGCGUUUGAUAACAUUCCCGCUUUCGGCAAGACCGUCGGCGCCAUGCCGGAGGAGCAGGUGCUGGAGCGACGCAAGGGCAGCAAGCACGAGUCGAGCAAGGUGCACAGCCUGAGUGCCAUUCAAGAGGACGAGCCGCAGUCGGCUAGUGACGCCGUCAUUGAGAUGGGUGACGUGGCGAAUGGGUCACACGCACCGGCUCCAAACGCUCCGGCUCAUGCCACCGGCGAAGUCGCCAUCGCGGUCCCCCUAGCGGAUCCCCUGGCCCAGCCAUCCCGCAGCGGCCUCCGCCACUCUCUAAGCCUCCAACGUUCGCUCGGCCGCCCCCAGCCGUCGAACCUCGACUACCGCAACAGUUUUGUCGCUUCCGGGGGGGAAGCCCGCAAGGGAAUGGUCCUGCCAUUCGAGCCCCUCGUCAUGACGUUCUCCGACGUCUGCUACUCCGUCGACAUGCCGGCGGACAUGGCGGCGGAUUCCGGCCAGCCCAAGGGCUCCAAGCUGCAGCUGCUCCAUUCCGUGAGCGGAGCGUUCCGCCCCGGAGUGCUGACGGCGCUCAUGGGCGUGUCCGGCGCCGGAAAGACGACGCUGAUGGACGUGCUGGCAGGGCGGAAAACAGGGGGUUACAUCACGGGUGACGUCCGCAUCUCGGGCCACCCGAAGGAGCACGCGACGUUCGCGCGCGUGUCGGGCUACGUGGAGCAGUUUGACAUCCACUCCCCGCAGGCGACCGUGCGUGAGGCGCUCGUCUACUCGGCCUGGCUGCGCCUGCCGUCGCAGGUCGACAAGCCGACGCGCGAGAGGUUUGUGGACGAGGUUAUGGAGCUGGUUGAGCUAACCACCCUCCGGGACGCCCUGGUUGGACUGCCCGGGAUCAGUGGUCUGUCGGUGGAGCAGCGGAAGCGGUUGACCAUCGCCGUGGAGUUAGUCGCUAACCCGUCCAUCAUAUUCAUGGACGAGCCAACGUCAGGUUUGGAUGCGCGCGCCGCCGCCAUUGUCAUGAGGGCCGUCCGCAACACAGUGGACACUGGACGGACCGUCGUCUGCACUAUUCAUCAGCCGAGCAUUGACAUCUUCGAGACUUUCGACGAGCUGCUCCUUCUCAAGCGGGGCGGGCACACGGUCUACUGCGGGCCCCUGGGAAAGGACUCUGCGAUCCUGGUGGAGUACUUUACGCAGAUCGACGGCAUCCCGGGAAUCAAGGACGGCUACAAUCCGUCCACGUGGAUGCUGGAGAUCAGCACGCCGGCCAUGGAGAAGAAGAUUGGCGACUUUGCGGAGAUUUACCGCGAGUCUACGCUUUUCAAGCAGACCACCGCGCUGAUCGCCGAGCUGGCCACCCCUCCCCCCGACACCGAGCCCCUCAAGUUCGACACGGUCUACGCUCGCAGCUGGGCUGUGCAGUUUGAGGCGCUCGUGUGGAAGAACUCCAAAACGUACUGGCGCUUCCCGGAGUACAACGCCAUACGCUAUUUCUUCACGCUCGUGAUCGCGCUCAUCAUUGGGACGGUCUUCCUAGGCCUCGGCUCCGAGCGGGGCACGCAGCAGGACGUCCUUAACAUUAUGGGCGCGCUCUACCUCGUCGUCUUGAUGCUGGGCGUCAACAACGCCAACAAUGUGCAGCCCGUGAUCGCCAUCGAGCGCGCGGUCAGCUACCGCGAGCGGCCUGCGGGGAUGUACGCGCCUCUGCCGUAUGCUCUUGCCGCGGGCGUCGUGGAGCUUCCCUACUGUUUGGUCCAGACCAUUCUUUACUCCGUUGUCACCUACGCUCUGGUGUCCUGGGAGUGGGCCGCCGCCAAGUUCCUGUGGUACCUGCUCUUCAUGUUCCUGACGCUGUUCCUGUUCACCUACUACGGAAUCAUGGCGAUCGCCAUAACGCCCAGCGUGCAGCUCGCGCAAGUCACCAGCGUCCUCUUCUACUUCCUCUGGAAUCUCUUCUCCGGCUUCCUCAUCCCCCAACCGGCCAUUCCCGGUUGGUGGGUUUGGAUCUACUACAUCAAUCCAAUUGCUUGGUCUCUCUACGGUAUCGUUGGCUCUCAGCUUGGCGAUAUCACGGAUGAGACGAUUACAUACGCCGACGGAACGACCGUCACGAUCAGGGAGUUUAUCAGGAGUUACUUCGGAUACAAGCACGAGUUGUUGGGCAUGGUGGUCGCCAUCCUGCUGGGCUUCAUUGUCGUCUUCUUCAGCGUCGCCACGUGGGCGCUCCGGUACAUCAACUUCCAGAAGCGCUAGAGCGGGGGAACAUCGGAACGGAACAUCGGCGGGCUGCAUCUGCUUGUCGUAGAGUCAAAGCUUGCACACUUGUUGAUUGUCGACGUAGAGUCAAAGCUUGCGCAAUUUUCCUUCAAGCAUCCCCGGGACAAAUACUUAUUUCUGCCUUUUAUAGAAAUUUGUGUACAGCUUAAGAGCAACAACUCAGUUCUUGCAGCUCAUAAGAUCUUCGAAAAUUCAGGUCGAGGCACGCUGGCAGCAUUUGCACGGUUUAAACAGACGAUACAAAGUGGUCGAUACUCAUUGUCGAUUGCUAGAUUGUCAAUGAACAGUAUGUCCGUAUUGUUUUGGCGCCACGAAUUUUUGUACUCAGUCUGUCAAAUUCCAGCGCCCGUAAUUGUUGAGGAGUCUGCACGAUUAAACAGCAUUCAAUAAAACUAAGGAGAAAUAUCUGGCACGCUUUUACAUAGUUUUGCACAUAAUGCUCGGAACGCCCCCGUGGAAUCUGUUUUCAAGUUGCU